CUCGGCUCACCACGCCUCACACACACACGGUAAGUUCGUCGUCAGCCAUAUUGACUGUGUGUACCUCUUCUCCGGGUCGUUGGAGCCUGGCUGGCGGAGGAGUCUGGACCGCUGCCCGCAUCUGUGAGUCUGCUCUCCGCGCACCGAGCCGCGGACAGGACCGGCAGGGAGACGAGCCCCGCUCUGUUUUCCGCUCCACGCUGUGGAUUUAUAAAGUCCCGCUGCCGACCGGGGAGAGGAGGGGACAGGCUGUCGCAUCCUCAACGCCAGGCAGGCGUUAAGGCGCUGGAGCCCCGGAGGGAGGCGGCGAGACGGAGGACGACUUCUUUUUCUUUUCUCGGCAGAAAGGGACGGGCGGAGAGAGGAGAAGGAUGCCCAAACCGAUCAACGUGCGCGUCACCACCAUGGACGCCGAGCUGGAGUUCGCCAUCCAGCCCAACACGACAGGCAAACAGCUGUUUGACCAGGUGGUGAAGACGGUGGGGCUGAGGGAGGUCUGGUUCUUCGGCCUGCAGUACACAGACAGCAAAGGCUACAUCACCUGGCUCAAGCUCAACAAGAAGGUGACGCAGCAGGAUGUGAAGAAGGAGAAUCCUCUGCAGUUCAAGUUCAGAGCAAAGUUUUUCCCUGAGGACGUUUCUGAGGAGCUCAUCCAGGAGAUCACACAGAAGCUCUUCUUCCUGCAGGUGAAGGAGGCCAUCCUGAACGAUGAGAACUACUGUCCUCCAGAGACGGCCGUGCUGCUGGCCUCGUACUCCGUCCAGGCCAAGUACGGAGACUACAGCAAAGACAUCCACAAGCCGGGCUACCUGGCCUCCGACCGGCUACUGCCACAGAGAGUCCUGGAACAACACAAGCUGACUAAGGAGCAGUGGGAGGACAGAAUACAGACCUGGCAUGAGGAACACAGAAGCAUGCUCAGGGAGGACUCCAUGAUGGAGUACCUGAAGAUCGCUCAGGACCUGGAGAUGUACGGCGUCAACUACUUUGAGAUCAAGAACAAGAAGGGCACCGAGCUGUGGCUGGGCGUCGACGCCCUCGGGCUCAACAUCUACGAGCACGAGGACAAGUUGACUCCAAAGAUCGGCUUCCCCUGGAGCGAGAUCCGAAACAUUUCCUUCAACGACAAGAAGUUUGUCAUCAAGCCCAUCGACAAGAAAGCUCCGGAUUUCGUCUUCUACGCCCCGCGGUUGCGGAUCAACAAGCGCAUCCUGGCUCUGUGCAUGGGGAACCACGAGCUGUACAUGAGGAGGAGGAAGCCCGACACCAUCGAGGUGCAGCAGAUGAAGGCCCAGGCCCGCGAGGAGAAGCACCACAAACAGAUGGAGAGAGCACAGCUAGAAAACGAGAAGAAGAAGCGCGAGAUCGCGGAGAAGGAGAAGGAGAGGAUAGAGCGAGAGAAGGACGAGCUGAUCGAGAGGCUGAGGCAGAUCGAGGAGCAGACGCAGAAAGCUCAGAAAGAGCUGGAGCAGCAGACCCGCAAGGCUCUGGAGCUGGAGCAGGAGAGGAAGCGGGCGAAGGAGGAGGCGGAGCGGCUGGAGAAGGAGAAGCAGGUGGCCGAGGAGGCGAAGUCGGCGCUCGCUCAGCAGGCCGCCGACCAGAUGAAGAACCAGGAGCAACUGGCGGCUGAGCUUGCAGAGUUCACCGCCAAAAUCGCUCUGCUUGAGGAGGCCAAGAGGAAAAAGGAGGAAGAGGCCACAGAAUGGCAACACAAGGCGCUGUCGGCCCAGGAUGACCUGGAGAAGACGAAGGAGGAGCUGAAGACGGCCAUGACGUCUCCGCCGGCGCCCGAGCACGACGAGCAGGACGAGACGAGCGCCGAGGCGAGCGCCGAGCUGCUGAGCGACGGCAUCAGCAGCCAGCGCAGCGAGGAGCAGCGCGUCACCGAGGCCCAGAAGAACGAGCGCGUCAAGAAGCAGCUGCAGGCUCUCAGUUCGGAGCUGGCUGAGGCUCGGGACGACACCAAGAAAACGCAGAACGACAUGCUGCACGCCGAGAACGUGAAGGCCGGCCGAGACAAGUACAAGACGCUGCGGCAGAUCCGCCAGGGCAACACCAAGCAGCGCAUCGACGAGUUCGAGUCCAUGUGAGCCGGGAGGAGCGACAGAGCCCGAGACACACUGACGGAGAGAGAGAGAGAGAGAGAGAGAGAGAGAGUCUCAUUGCCAUGUCAACGCCUCGCUGUCCCUGUAAAGCUGCACCCCGCCGACCCUCUUUUUGCCACCCCGAUCCCGGACACACCCUCGUCUUCCUGCACCAGCGGGAGAACGUCAAGGCCCCCCCGAGCCUCGCCGAAGCUCCGCCCAGCAGCAGCAGCAGCGGUCGGCCAAUCACACCGCUUUGCGCUUUUUUUAGAGCUCCGCCCCUCCGAACCGAAGCACAUGUCUUGUAAUCAGCCUGGAAAACAGCAAGCAACAUAUCCUGGGCCCCCUCCACCACGAGGACAAUUUUAAUGCUUGCAUGUACGAUUAAAAAAAUAAAUAAAUAUAAAAACUAAAAACAACAAAACAGAACGGAGAGGCGAAACGAGAAGACUGGGAAGAGAAAUGUGUUGGUAUCUUGGUUUUUAUUCCAAAAAAAAAAAAAAAGAAAAAAGAAAGAAAAUGGCCAUUUGUAGCUUUUUGAUGUUACCGGCGAGCUUGUCCGUAAAGCUAUAA